AUGGUGACUGCCCCUGGUCGAUUAUCUUCGAUUUGCUGUAUCGGGACGCACACCUUGGAUCUGCACAUAUUGCUCCACCUGAAAAGCGGCAUUUCCCAAAUCAGUGAAGCGCGGGCUCCAAUAGAUGCAAGGAUUGGCCCUCCUGGCGUCCAGUACCACGCUGGCUCGAUGCAUGGGGCCUAUUUGACUGAGACGACCCCACCAAAGGCAGUGGACUGGGUCAAGAAGCUUCAUGGCCUUCAAAGGAUUGAUCCGAUCGAAAUGGAAAAGACAACAGUGCUUGAGUAUGAUGCUUUCAGCGAUCUGGCUGUCACUGCUGCUUUUGCUCAGUCGGUUUCUGCUUCUUUCGCACUGCCGCCCGCGACAAUCAAAAAGGGGCAAAUGUACCUGUCAAACUUCAAAUAUCUGGACGCUGAGCUCGAACCUUUGAGGAGGGAGAUUGACCUGUCUGGCUAUGCAAUCCCAAUUGACAACCUACGCCAACCAGGAAUGGCCCAAGGCGCUCUCGCUGCUUUAGGUCGAUUCAUCAUUGACAAGACCGGGGCGGACAUAGGCUUCCUGUAUCAAGAUCUCAACGAAAGCUGUCUGUUUGAGAUCCAGAACCAAUAUGAACAACAAAGAGAUAAAGAGAAAUCCGCUGCUGCUGCUGCUACACCUGGCCUGUCAAUUCCUGAGUCUUCAAAUUCCGAGCUACAGGUUACAGAGCGGCGUCAAAAAGUGAAAUCCCGACCGGCACAUUCGUCUAUUUAUAACAUUACCCGGAAUACUGAGGCUCCGGAGAAGGACAAUGCCCCUGAAGCCCCGACCUUGAAGGUGGGACCUAGCACGUUUGCAGUUUUCUCAACCCCAGAGGGUCGAUUCCCUGGUCAGAUUUCAAAGCUGCCAUGGUUGACCUCGGAUUCUCCGUGCUCCCAAGAUUCGGUUCCGUCUACACUUUCUCCCCGCCUCAGGAAUAUGCUGCCCAGAAAGCUAUCACUUUGCACCGGCCCCAUAAGUCUUGUAUUGAGGGAUAUCGUCUUCUCAUCCUCGGGAGACGCUUGGGGCGGCGGUAUGGCUGGAACCAAAAGACUUUUGAGGUAG